AGGGAAUUCGCAUAACCGUUUAAGUAUGUUCGUGAGGAAGCCACGUGUAUCUCUUGAGUAGCAGAUUUUCUGCUGCUUGGCAAAGUGCAGAACAAGAAGAGUAAGAAGAAGAUUGUAUGAUCUGAACUGGUUGCGAACGAGAGCGUAGAGUGAUCGAGAGUGUGGACGAACGAAUGAGCGAACGAACGGAAGUGCGAGAGCAAACGAGAACGAAAUAUUGGGGUAAAGGUAAUCCUCGUCUACCGAUAGCGCCUACCAGAGUGAUCUGUAAAAUAUCGAAGAAAAACUCGGCCAGCCCUUCUUCCGUGGAGCUUUCCGCAUAUCUUUGGCCAAGGAGGAAGUAUUAUGCGCUUCGUUGAGUACUAGCAGGAACGCAUCAAGUUUGAACUGUACCGGUGAGGAGUACGGACGGACGUGCGCUCGGGAAGCCAGUGGUGGAAUGGAAGUGGCUUGUUCAGCUGUGGAAAUGAACUACAACGGUACGGUGCUGGUGGUAGAGGAAGAAGGCGAUGAGGCCGUCGAAGUUCCCCUCGAGGAGGAUGGAACUCUGCUGCUUUCGACAGUGCAGGCCCAGUUUUACGGUGCGUGCGGGCUAAAGUACCGAAAUCCUGAGAAUAAAGCCAUCCGAGGUGUUCGAUUGAGCGAUAACAAGCUGCACCCAUUCUCGCCCGAAUCGGGUUGGGGCAAUCACGUCUACAUAUGCGUGUUCCCAAAGGAGAACAAACGCAAGAGCGAUGACAAGCUCGAAAACUCAACACCCAAGACAAAGCGGAUCGAGAGCCGGAAUCGUACCACGACGGAUCUGAUCGUGCUGGGGCUGCCGUGGAAGACGACCGAGGAAAGCCUGCGAGAGUACUUCGAGACGUUCGGGGAGCUGUUGGUGGUGCAGAUCAAGAAGGACUCGAAGACGGGCCAAUCGAAGGGCUACGGUUUCAUUCGAUUCGCUCGGUUCGAGAGCCAGAUGAAGGCACUGUCAAAGCGGCACCUCAUCGAUUGCCGCUGGUGCGACGUAAAGGUGCCCAGCAGCAAGGACCAAACGCAACACCAAAUGCCGAGCAAGAUAUUCCUGGGCCGCCUGACGGAAGAUAUCAAUUCGGACGACAUCCGGGAUUAUUUCUGCAAGUACGGCGAGGUGACGGACGUGUUCAUACCGAAACCGUUCCGCGCGUUCGCGUUCGUCACGUUCAUUGAUCCGCACGUGGCACAGAGCCUGUGCGGCGAGGAUCAUCUGAUCAAGGGCACAUCGGUGUACGUGUCGACUGCUUCACCCAGACCGGAACACGGUCGGCAUCACGGCAAGGGCCAGAUGGGGGGUAACUUUUCCAACUAUGACGAACGCGGCCGUGGUGGCGGUAUCGGGGGCAGCAGCGGUGGCAACGAGUACUGCCGGGGUGGAGGUGGUGGCCCGGCCGUAGGUCCUCACUCGGCGCCGCCAAACAACUACCACCAUGGUGGCGGCGGUGAGGGUGGUGGCCCCGGGGGCUACAACAAUCUGCAGUCGGGAAGCGGCGGUGGCGGAGGAGGUGGUGGUGGUGGCAGCCAGCAGCCCAUCUGGAAUUAUAACGAGUACACGGCGCAAAACCGACAGAACAGCAGCAACAUCGAGUCGAUGCCGAAUCUGCAAGCGCUCGGAAUUAACUCGGGUGGCCCAAACGGUCAGCGCGGUGGAGGCGGCGUUGGAGGCGGGCUACACGGUGGCCACCAUGCGGGCAUGGGCAACCAUUUGAGUGGUAGUGGCGGCGGCGGAGGUGGCGGUGGAGGCGGAGGUGGAUCCGCACCCGGUGGUCCCGGGAACAACGGUGCGGGCGUGAUUGGAGCCCACGGUGGUCCUGCCGCGGGAAACAUGAACCUUUAUCAGAUGCCGAUUAACCCGGCGAUAAUAGCGGCCGCAUUGAGCCAGUGGAGCUUGAUCGGCAACCAGAUGCACAACACGCCGCAAGGAGCGGGCGGUCCCGGUGGCCCCGGUGGUCCCGGUGCGCCAGGACAGGCGAACGCGAACGUUCCUGGAGGCCCGGGUACCGGAGGACCACCGGGACCGGGCGGAGCGGCUGGCCCAGGACCCGGUGCGUCCGAGCAGGAAUAUCUGCCCUGGAACGGUACCGGAAAUGGUGCGCCAGGUGCCGGUGGACCAGCCGGUCGGGUGGAUCCGAACCGACAGUAAACCACCGGCACUAACCUCAGGACGACGGUGUUGGCUGUUACUACCCCCCACCGGGUAUGAAGGGCUCGACGAGCGAUAUCUUCUUUUUCUCGCUCUCUUAGCCGUGCGAUGACAUGCGGGGAUGGAGAAGAUGAGAAGAGUGGCGAAGGACGAGAGCAAUAAGGAUGUGAGACGACCGACCGAUGAUGGAUGAGUGCUAACGUGAAUUUAGCGUGAAUAGAUUAGAGUGCAUGAUGGAUGUGUGCAGUUAGUGUGCAGCUCGUUCGAGCGAGUGUGUGUUUGUAAGAGUUUUCAAGCUAAACUUAUUUUAUUUUUAUGAUUGCAAUUAUUUGGUAUGCUGUUUGCGUUCGGCAGGCACUAUUCGAAUCGCUCUACAUCGUCUACAGGCUUGCUUUCUCGCUUGCUUCGAUGAAACGAACUAUAUCCCAGAUCCCAAAUACAUCAAAUCAAAGCAACCCACCCCCUGCACCGAUAAGUUUCUGUGCCUGUGCGUACAUUAUACAUACCAGCAUAUGUAUCGUGAGUAUUUCGAUUGGGAAAAGAAUGAAUAAUUGUAAUAAAUGCUAAAAAAAUAGCCGAUUUUUUUUAAUUUUAAACGUAAGCUAAACCAUUCUCUCUCCGCGCGCCUCAGUUACUUCUGUGACUUGGUCUUACGCGAUGGUUUAUUUUCUUGGUCUCUUCCUUAUUUUGUACUGUUUAAAUUUCGCUAUUUGUACUGCGUUAGACGAACGUACGUAACAUGCAACAAAGCUUUAUGGCGAUUUUCCGGAGUAAACACCUGUAGACGGCUCCGCCACCUGAGACGAUCGUGUAGGAUCCUUCGGGGAGCAAUGUUGGUAUCAGAAGCAAUUCGACCGGCUACCACGAGAGCGUCACGUUGCAUACACAAUAAGGGAUUUGAAUUGACUGUUUGUUUUUUUGUUUUUCUUUUAAUUAAUUCGAGAUAUAAAUGAAAACCUUAUAGGAAGAAUAAUGAAAACACUUAUUUGAAUGUAAAACAAAAUCUGUCAUGAGCGAUUUAAUAAAGUAUGAUACCUUCACAAU